GCCUCAGCCAUGGAACGCGUUCAGGUCACGCCGCGGAGUUUUCCCACAAACCUCAUCGACAAAGACUGGGCGAACCGAAAGCAUAUGCAUAAGAAAAACUCGGAGCAUUUCCUUAGCUUGGUGCAUGAUAUGAAACUUAGAGAUGAUGAUGUGUGGGUAGUAACUCUGCCGAAAUGUGGAACCACUUGGAUGCAGGAAUUAUCUUGGCUCCUGCUGAAUAAUUGCGACUUUGCGGGAGCCUUGGCCAAAGAUCAAGAGCUACGCAGUCCAUUUCUCGAGUUUGGAUUUUCCUUGCAUGAUGAUGUGCAACGAUCCUUCGGGCCCAUUGAAAAAUUGAACUCUCCUCGACUAAUCAAAUCUCAUCUUCCCCUUGCUCUACUUCCCUCAAAGCUUUGGGAAGGGCAACACAAAGUUAUCUAUGUAUUCCGGAAUCCCCUAGAUCAUUGGGUAUCUCGAUAUUAUCACGGUGUGACUUUUGGUUUUCAUUACGGCAAAACACUACAUCAGUUUUUCGAUGAGAUCUUGGCCUCUGAUGAUUUUGCUACCGAGAUAAUUGAACACGCACAUGAAUUCUACCAAUUGAGAAAUGAACCCUGGGUCUUCUACACUAGUUUUGAGAGAAUGAAGAAAGAUCUGCGUGGUGUUAUCAAUGAUGUCUCCAGUUUCCUGAAUAAACCAAUCAACGAACAGCAAAUGGAGCAACUUCUUAAGCAUUUGUCUUUCGAAGAAAUGAAAAAAAAUCCAACAACGAAUCAUUUGUGGGAGUUCUCCCAAGUUAAACACAAAAAUGCUGGCAAAGAGAAACACCCAUUUGUGCGGCGUGGGGAUGUUAAUGGCUACAAGGAUGAAUUGACCCCCGAACAAAUUGAGAAGGCUAACAUUGGCAUACAAAGAAUCCUAGAGAAAAACUCAGUGACAAUGGACGAACUAUUACUCAAGAAUGAUCCCUAAAAUAAAGUUAAGAUAAGAACUGUAAUUCUUCUAUAAAUCAGGCAAUAAAAGUGUUUUGCUUUUCUUGAUUAUA